UAAUUUUCUCGGUUUUUCUCAAGAACCGUACAGUGAUUUUGGUGUAAAAUUGUAAAAUCAGUCAUAUGCCGCUAUAGCGUCACAUAUUCGAACACUAGGUAGAAAAGAAUAUAUCGAAACCCAUUAAUACAUGAGCGAAAAAAAACACGAGACAGUAGAAUUAGCAAAACGACUUGUGUAACAAAGAGACAUUGAACUUGAACAGUUGAAACACUGCCAAAAUUCAAUUGAACCGACAUACGCAUAUAUUGCGAUGACUUGGUCUGUUACGAUAAAUUUAAAAUGAACAUAUAAAUACCGCUGAUAAUGAUGUAUGUAUGGUUAUACCGGGUUAGUCAGUGGCUCUAGUCGGUUGUUAGUUUGUUGUUUGUGUUGCUAUUGGUGCUGAGUGACUUUUUUUAAUUUUGAAUUUGUCAACAAUAUAUUAGUGUUUUUCCGUCAAAAAAACGUUUCAUAUUACGCUACACGUGUUUCUUUAAUAACGUCACACCUAAAUUGAUAUUUAAACGAAAAUAGUUUUCAAUUUAAAUAAAAAAAAAUUCAAAAUGAGUUUUAAACAACAACCAAAAGGAUUUGCAACCAAAGCAAUUCAUUCGGGACAAGAAGCCGAGCAAUGGUCUCAUUUAUCUGUUGUGCCACCAAUCGUCACGUCUACGACUUUUAAGCAAUUUGGACCUGCAGACUUUAAAUCAUUCGAAUAUGGUCGGAGCGGGAAUCCAACACGAGUAGUUUUGGAAAAAUGUCUGGCUGCCCUAGAUAACGGAAAGUUUGGUCUAACAUUCGCAUCUGGAUUAGGCGCCACAACAGCUAUAACUCAACUACUGAGCACUGGUGACCACAUCUUAUGCGGUGAUGAUGUAUACGGCGGUACAAAUCGUUUAUUUAAUAAAGUGAUACGUAAUCAGGGAGUAGAAGUGGAUAUGGUGGACCUAACAAAUCUGGACAAUCUCAAGAAAUCUAUCAAGCCGAACACAAAGCUUCUUUGGUUGGAAUCGCCGACCAAUCCGAUACUGAAAGCGCUUGAUAUCGAGGCCAUAUCAAAAGUAGCACAUUCCUAUCCAGACAUUAUUGUUGUUGUGGACAAUACAUUUUUAACAUCGUAUUUCCAACGUCCUUUGGAAUUGGGAGCCGAUAUCGUUAUGUAUUCCCUAACAAAAUACAUGAAUGGCCAUUCAGACGUUAUUAUGGGAGCUGCUGUAACAAAUAAUGAAGACAUUCAUAAUAAAUUGCGAUUUUUACAAAAUGCAUCCGGCAUCGUUCCUUCACCUUUCGAUUGUUAUCAAGUGAACCGUGGCUUGAAAACAUUGGCCAUACGAAUGGAACAGCACAGCAAAUCAUCGUUAAUUGUAGCUAAAUAUCUGGAAUCACAUCAAUUUGUUGAAAAAGUUCUACAUCCCGGUCUACCGUCACAUCCGCAACAUGAACUGGCAUUACGGCAGACCUACGGGCACAGCGGCAUUAUGUCGUUUUACAUCAAAGGCGGACUGAACGAAUCGAAAAAGUUUUUGCAAUCCAUCAAAGUUUUUACGUUGGCCGAAAGUUUGGGAGGAUAUGAAAGUUUAGCUGAAUUACCCUCUGUUAUGACACAUGCAUCCGUUCCGGAGGAUCAAAGAAAGACAUUGGGCAUUUGGGACAAUUUGAUUCGUUUGUCUGUUGGUCUAGAAGAUGUGCAAGAUUUAUUGGACGAUUUAGAGACGGCCCUGCAAGCAUCACAGAAAUAGACGUUGACGCACUAAACCUGCUGUUCCAUUUAUUCCUUUUUGAUAUAAUAUAUGCAUACACGUAUUUCCUAUAUUUAAACAACAACAGAAAUUAUAAACAAAUAAAAAAAACCUAAUCCACCAAA